GCGACGGGUGGAUCCAGAAACCACGCCAUUUGUUUCCUCCCUGUUCGCCUCCGCUCCUCCUCUUCUUCACCGACUGGCUUCUCCCCUCCUCUUAUUCCCCUUUUCCAGCCCUAACCCUAACCGUGCACAACCAAGGGCGCAAUCAACGAUCUCGUGUUUCACUCUUCAAGGUCUCCUCAAUUGGGAUCGCCAUGGAAGGCAGGGUUGACCUGGAACCCACUCCCUUCUUGAGCUUGUUUGCUGCCUUUUCCUAUGGAAUAGCAUCCAUGGCUAUGGUUUUCAUCAAUAAGGCAGUUUUAAUGCAGUAUGCAUACUCUAUGACUCUUCUUACUUUACAGCAAUUGGCUACAACCCUUCUCAUACACUUUGGCAAAGUUAUGGGGUAUACAAAAGCCAAAGCAGUGAACAUGCCAACAGCUAAGAAACUUCUUCCAGUGUCAGUGUUCUACAAUGCAAAUGUGGCAUUUGCUUUGGCAAGCUUGAAGGGAGUCAAUAUUCCAAUGUACAUUGCAUUGAAGAGGCUCACACCACUUGCAGUAUUGGUGUUUGGAUUUUUCAGAGGAAAGAGUAGGCCCUCAACUCAGGUAUCACUUUCUGUCAUAUUUACAGCCAUAGGAGUGGUCAUUGCGGCACUUGGAGAUUUCUCGUUUGAUCUCCAUGGAUACACCAUGGCACUUACCUCCGUUUUCUUCCAGACUAUGUAUCUAGUGCUUGUGGAGAAAUCUGGUGCCGAGGAUGGACUUUCUUCAGUCGAGAUAAUGUUCUAUAAUUCCUUGCUGUCCCUACCUUUUCUGUUGUUUCUCAUCAUAGCAACAGGAGAAUUUCCACACUCUGUUGCAGUUUUGUCCGGAAAGGCAUAUUCUUUCGCAUUCUUAGUGAUUCUUGUCAUAUCAUUGAUAAUGGGCAUUGUCUUGAACUACACAAUGUUCUUGUGCACUAUUGUUAACUCUGCUCUAACAACUACAAUCGUUGGAGUUCUUAAGGGUGUUGGGUCCACAACCCUUGGUUUCGUCCUGUUGGGUGGUGUGCAAGUACAUGCUUUGAACGUGACUGGGUUGGUCAUCAAUACAGCUGGUGGUGUGUGGUAUUCAUAUGCCAAGUAUCAGCAAAAGAAGAAAAUACCACGGAAAGUUCUAUCUGAAGAGGAACAAUUAAAAAACACAAAUUGAAAUAGAUCCAUUGAAUGUUUAUCAAUCUUCUGUGCCACUCGGUACCUGCUGUAAAGAAACUUUGCAGCAAGAAACACAUCCAAAAGAAAAUGAUGAUUGCACACUCCGAUGAAAUAGGCUGAUGGAGGACCAUCCAAAUUAUUAUUUGAUUUUAAUAGGAGGGGCCAGAAUGGUCUUUCUAAUUAUUUCAAGUAUUGCUUUCUUUAACAUCACAGAAAGAAGUUUUUAUUUCCAACAGUGUUUUCAGUUGUUCCCGAGGCAGACAACAUGAACUGCACCAGUGCUGAAAAUAACAGUUAAAUGUAAGCAUUAUCAUUUGUCUCAAAAAACAGUGUAGCCAUUCUGUGAUAU